AUGUGCCCCUCGGAGCUGGGCAGUGGCACCCAUUCUGCAGCAUCCUCUCUGUCCUAGGUCUUCGCCUUGAUUGUGUUCUCCUGCAUCUUCGGCGAAGGCUACAGCAACACGCACGAUUCUGAUCAGAUGUACUGUGUUUUCAACCACAACGAGGACGCCUGCCGCUACGGCUCUGCCAUCGGGGUGCUGGCCUUCCUGGCCUCAGGCUUCUUCUUCGUAGUUGAUAUCUAUUUCCCCCAGAUCAGCAAUGCCACUGACCGCAAGUACCUGGUCAUUGGUGACCUGCUCUUCUCAGCUGUCUGGACCUUCCUGUGGUUUGUUGGUUUCUGCUUCCUUACCAACCAGUGGGCAGCCACCAGGCCUGAGGAUGUGCUGGUGGGAGGUGACUCAGCCCGGGCAGCCAUCACCUUCAGCUUCUUCUCCAUCUUCUCCUGGGGCACGCUGGCCUCCCUGGCCUACCAGCGCUACAAGGCUGGAGUGGACGCCUUCAUCCAGAACUAUGUGGACCCUACCCCGGACCCCAACACAGCCUAUGCCUCCUACCCCAGCGCAUCGGUGGACAGCUACCAGCAGCCCCCCUUCACCCAGAACGCAGACACCACAGAGGGCUACCAGCCGCCCCCUGUGUACUGA